AUGCACGAUUGGAAGCACUCGGAUAUAGCCUUUGCGCUGCUCCAGCCGCUGAAUAAUUUGGAUGGCUUUGUGGCUCCCAAUAACUCUGCCUCCUUAGCCUUCGAGAACAUUGACCUGAGCUACGGACGCUGGGACAAUCAGCAGCUGUACAGGAUCAAGGACUUUGCCUUGUUGGGCGAGCAGUACAUGGAUCUCUCGGAGGGCAGUAGUCUGGUCUGCCUGGCCACCCAGACUUCGGUGGAGCGGCUCAAUUCGCUGCCCCAGGUGGCUGCCAAUUGGCAGGGCAAGAUGUCCGUGGCUGUUUUCGCCGCCGGACCCGAGGAGUUUGUUGUCCUGCAAUACUUCGUCACCUACAUGCGCCUGUGCUUUGCCAACAUUCGCGAGAAUGCCACAUUUCACCUGCUCACGCCGCGGGACUACGAUAAGCUGCCCCGCGUGGCGGCGCUUCCGUUGAAUAUGAAGGGCAAAUUCGACUGUCAAUAUCCGGACAGGACGCUCAAGUCGCUGCUCAAGUUUCGAUCCCUGAAAACGCUGCAGUGGCGCCAGAGGAACACCUAUCCGCAGAACCAUAUGCGGAACCUGGCGCGCAAGGGCUGCCAGACGAAGUAUGUCUUCCUCACCGACAUCGACAUUGUGCCCAGCACGAACAGUGUGCCCCAGCUCAACCACUUCUUCAGGACAGCCAACUGCUCCAAGAGCUGUGCCUACGUAAUACCCACUUUUGAAAUCGACGUAAGAGCCACAUUUCCCCGCUCCAAGAACGCCCUAAUACGCUUGAUUAAAAAGGGACUAGCCAGGGCGUUUCACGAGAAGGUCUUUAUCUACAACCAAUACGCAACUAACUUCUCCAAAUGGCUGGCGACAAGCACAAAUGAAUCUGAGGUAUCUGUCAGCCAUAUCGUAACGAAUUUCGAGUUCCUCUAUGAACCAUUCUAUAUAGCUGUGGAUAAUGCACCAGCACAUGACGAACGAUUUCUGGGCUACGGCUUUACGAGGAACUCCCAAGUCUAUGAGAUGCAUAUAGCUGGCUAUCAGUUCUACGUCCUUUCUCCCGUUUUCACCGGCCAUUGGGGCUUGCAAAGAAAGCAGGCGAGACCUGCUUGGCGAGAGCAGCAGAACAAUGCCAAUCGCAGGAAGUUCGAUGUAUUCAAAAGCGAAAUAUUUGUGCGCUACAAAAAUGAUCCACGCCUGCUGCUGAAAUCCAAAAAGAAUCAAAUCCUAGUUAAAUAAAACUCGAUAAAUGAAUAGUA